AUGGAAGGCGCAUGGAAUAUCGGCUACCAUUUUACACCGUCGGAUGAAGAACUGCUUCAGAUUCUUGCGAUAAAGCUGAGAGGAGGGUACGAAAUCUUGGGAGGCCAUGCAAUGAAGGAGAUUGAUGUGUACCAGAAGGAGCCAUGGCUGGUUUUCGACAAGGACGAGUCAGAACCCUUCUAUGUAUUCACAAGCUUAAAGAAGAAAAGCAGCAGCAGGUCACGGAUGGAUAGAAAGGUUGGCUCCGGAACCUGGAGGAUGGAGCGGUCGAUCGACGUCGUCGACCAAGGCGACAAGGUUGUUGGGUAUAAGAAGAUGCUAACUUUUGAGGAGGAGAAGAAGAAGAAGAAGAACAUCGAGAAUGUGCUUCCUUCUAAUGGUGUCAGUGGCCACAAACUACAGGAGAUUACCCUAGCACUCGAACUCCAAGGUUCUUUACCUUACAGAAAGGAAGAUUAUAUAGGCGGGAUUAGGGAUUUGUUUAACGCCUAA